UAGGUACGGUCCGGCCGCGCCGCACGUACGUCCAUAUGACGUCGUCCGUCAACUCCUGCUCUGGUCCUGCAUUUUGUCCUGGGGAUGCUGGAUUCUCAGUUAUCACUUACAACAUGAGGUCACUUCUAACUGUAAGAGAAUUACUGUCUCCUAUAAGAUGGUUCCGUAUAAACAACCGAAACGCAGAACAUGUAUUUACAUGUAGUUUCAUCGCAUUGGUUUUCUGCAUAUCCUAUGGAUCACCAGUGCUGAUAAAAAUGAAACUACCCGCGACAGACACAACUGUGGAUGUUCAGGUGACGGUGAAAACCAAUGAGGUCAUCCACAUCACAGAUGACAGGUUUCUGUCAGUGGGGUUCACUGUGGGAGAUCUCAGUCAACAUUGGAAGGAUGACGAUCUUGGGUCCAGAAGACUUCAAAAUCUUGCCAAGGGGCUUUCCCCUGCCUAUUUACGCUUGGGGGGUAGCAGGGCAAAUUUUGCCACCUUCAAGGAAACUGCCCUCGAUAUAGAGGGGCACAAAGGCUUCAAAAACUUCACCUUCACAGGCAAGGACUGGGACAACAUCAAUGAUUUCAGUCGCGAAGUGGGGUGGCGCUUCAUCUUUGACGUGAAUGAAUUCCUGCGGAGAAACGGCCAUUGGGACCCAAACAACUUGGAGAAGUUACUGGCUUAUAACACCAUGAAGAACUAUACAGUGUGGGCAUGGCAGAUGGGAAACGAACCCAAUGCAUAUAAACACUCGGAAGGAGUGACCAUGACAGCAACUCAAGUGGCUAAAGACUUCAUCAAGUUCAGAGCCCUCCUUAACGCCAGAAAGCAGUAUAGAGACAGCCUUGUUAUCGGCCCAGAUGUCACAGAGCCACGUCACCUGCUUGGAAUGUCCUCAGUCAAGUUCUUGCAGACAUUCCUGUCCAAAUGUGGGGACUGCACCAACGUGACCACCUUUCACAGCUACUACCUUAGAACAUCCACAGCCAAGCUAGAUGACUUUAUCAACCCUGCCACCCUGGAUGUCCUCAGAGCCGAGAUCAAAGCCAUCAGGGAGGUUGUCCAGAAGUAUCGUUCUUCGGCACAGGCGAGGAUCUGGCUGUCCGAAACGGGGGACUCUGUUCCCGGCGGCGUAUCUGGGAUCUCGGAUCGAUAUGUUGGUGGCUUCCCAUUUCUGGAUAAGCUUGGGGUGACUGCUCAGGAGGGCCUUGAAGUUGUCAUAAAACAGCAGUUUAUUGGCAGAUUCGUCGGUCUUGUGAAUGAAUCCAACAUUGAGCCCAGACCUGCAUACUGGGUGGCAUAUCUUCACAAGCAACUCAUUGGACGGCGAGUACUAAAUGUGACUACCAACCAACAAGGGGCAGAUAACCUGCGCAUUUAUGCGCACUGCACUCAAACAAGAAAUUUGAGGUACCACUCCGGAGAUGUAACCGUCAUUGCACUGAAUCUGGACAAAACAAAAGCCAUGCAACUUCACUUACAAGGCAGUCUGGCUGGCAAGAACAUUGAUGAGUACUUACUGACACCGAGUGGGGAUGAAGGUCUACAAUCAAGAUAUGUCUACUUGAAUGGCAUCAAGCUUGAGAUGACAAGUGAUUUUCACCUCCCUGUGUUGAGGCCACAUCCGCUCCUGAAUCCCGCUAAAAUCACGCUUCCACCUCUUAGCUAUGGUUACUAUGUUAUACUGAAGCCUUCUGUCCAAGUCUGUAUGUGAGCACAGUAGGCAGAUAGAAUGUAAGAGUCAGUUUACCUGACUACAGCUCAUACAUAUUUAUAAGCCAGAGCACUUCUUUCAUUGGUUUAAUAGUGAGAUAAAGCAAUGUGGUUGGGUAUGGACGAAUCCAGGCACAUGAUCACUGUACACUCACCAGGCCCCCUUCAAUGGAGAAACCAUUGUCCACGGUACUGUACAAAGUAGCUGCCCCGUGACAGAUUAUUUUAACUAUAGCACAAUGUUUUUGCCAUUGAUCUAUGAAGGGGGCCUUUAUGAUAGAAUUGAUAGCGUGCCUGGAUUGGUCAAUACUUUGUGUAAAGGCAUAUUACCCUAUGCAAUAUUCAACAAUUGUUGACUGCUGUGAUGUGGGAUAUGAUGUUUUUAACACCAGAGGGGUGCAAAGCACCAGAGGCGAAGGGUGCUUUGCGCCCCAGGGGUUAAAAACGGCAUUUAUAUCCACAUCACCAGUGAAACUGGUGUAAUGUUCAUGUACAUAUUAAUUGAACACCAAUUUGCAAUAUUUAACACUUGUUGACUGCUGUGAUGCGGGAUGUGAUGUUUUUAACACCUGAGGGGUGCAAAGCACCCGAGGCGAAGGGGGCUAUGCGCCCUGAGGGGGUUAAAAACGGCAUAUAUCCCACAUCACUGCAGUUAAAAAUUGUUUUGUUAUAUCGUGCCAAUAACUCAAAAAGAUAAAUGGUUGUAACUUACCGAGUGAAAAAAUAAAUUAAAUCACUGCGAUGUAGCCUUUGAUAACUGAAGGCUUUGGUAUCCUGCCGGACAUGAGACUGAGCUUUUGAUAUGCAACACCCGCAAUGAAUGCAAGGAACAUAAUUUGAAGUCAGUACAUGAGCUUCUGUUCCAACCAUGAUGGUAUCAGGCCUUUUUUAAGCACAGCAAUAUUUUCAUUACCCUUUGGUGUCCAUUAUUGAAAUCCAACAAGGGACAUCAAGUGGCUUUGGUCUCCAGUCCACAGUUGACUUUGUCUUGGUCUAGGCGUUUGACAAUAAGAGUCCGAUGAUUGAUGGUAGGCCGCGAACAAUGCACCAAGUGACACGUACUAUGCAAAGUGUGAACAGCGACCUCACACGGCUAGGCUCUACAGCGUGUGUCAAUAAAAACGCAGGAUUCAAAGCGAUUUUUUUUCUGAGAAAAU